AUGGGAGGGGAUGACCGCCGGGUCUUACUUUGGCAUAUGGAAGAAGCCAUCCACUCAAGAGUCAAACCAGUUCAGCUGAAAGGAGAGCAUCACUCUAAUAUCUUCUGCCUGGCUUUCAACAGUGGCAAUACAAAAGUGUUCUCCGGAGGCAAUGAUGAGCAAGUUAUACUCCAUGAUGUCGAAAGCACUGAGACGUUGGACGUGUUCGCCCAUGAAGAUGCAGUGUACGGCCUUUCAGUGAGCCCAGUGAACGACAACAUCUUUGCCAGUUCAUCCGAUGAUGGACGGGUUCUUAUCUGGGACAUCCGAGAGUCUUCCCAUGGAGAGCCCUUCUGCUUGGCACACUACCCAUCAGCCUUUCACAGUGUGAUGUUUAAUCCAGUAGAACCCAGGUUACUGGCUACUGCCAACUCUAAAGAAGGUGUGGGACUCUGGGAUAUUCGUAAACCUCAGAGGUUUAUAGCUCUCUUUUAUACUGUCAUCAUUAUCCAAGAAAAUGUGACACCGCUGGUGGAUGAGGGAAUAGAGGCUUUGGGGGCACACAAUGUGGAAGUGUUAACUGCUGGGAUCUUUGAGGAGCACAAUGUGUAA